AUGGAGGGACGACGGAGGAGGGGCAAACCCAGAGGGCCGGGAGCACAACUAUCGACGGUUGAAGAAGAAAAAUUAGCGUCCAGUGCUUUGUUCUGCACGGCCAUCCGCUGCACCGGCAACACGGGCGGCCGUCAGAUCACCGUCGUGUACCGUCGCAGAUUUGUACCUGAAGAAAACGGCGCCGGUGGGAGGCGAAGAAAGAAAAAUGUGCGGGAGAAGGUUUCGACAAAACGGGAAUAG